AUGUCGUCUUCCAUGAUGCUGAAUUUUUCAAUGAAUCCCCAGCAACAACAACAACAACUAGCCAAUAUUACGAUGACACCUACAACUCCGCUCAACAAUAGUAACAACAAUUUAAUAAACGGUCAAGGAUGGUUGUUUGGAGAUUCCAUGUUUAAUGAUUAUGGUGUUUCUUCCGGUUUUAAUAUUAAUAAUAAUAACAAUAAUAACAUGAAUAUGAUGAAUCAUAACAAUUUAAACACCAGCAGCAUGCUUUCUCCCAUUCCAAUGACCCCAUCCGAAAUCAUGGAUGGAAGAUUAUUGAUGAAUAAUUGCGGAAUGGACCAAGAUGGCGGCAUGGCCUCACCAUCGGCUUGCUUUGACGUGGAAGCAGAUGCAUUAACAAUCAAUCAUCAUGCAAAUCAUGGAAUCAAUACAACUAACAACACCUCCUCUCCCACAAACAACAGCAACAAUAUGAGUUCAACUCAAGGAAAGUCCAACACGACAAGUAAUAAUAAGGAAAAGAAAAAGCCUAAAAUUGCAUGUGUUUAUUGCAACAAGCUUCACAAAAAGUGCGAUGGAGAAGCACCCAAUGCAUGUACCCGAUGUAAAAAGAAGGGCAUUCCAUGUGUAUAUUUACCUCCUCAAAAGAGAGGACCAAAAUCAAAGAAACGAAAGAACGAUGGAGCUGUAGAUGAAGAAGAUUAUUCCUUUGAUCCACUCACUUGUGCUGCAGGAUUGUGCAGUUCUUCUCAACAACAAACUCAACAACAAGGAAACGUUACUAUUGGAAAUCAACAAUUCCAACAAGGACCUUACUAUUACAAUCAACAACAAGCAUCACAGCAAUUACUUUCUACCUCCCAACAACAACAAACGAUUCAACAUCAACCACCUAAAGCUGCCUCUAGCACUGAUCUAAAUGUCUACAUUAACGAGUUAUCGAAAUCAAACAAUCCUAAUGCUUCUUCUUCGACGCAACUUGCAAUUCCAACAAAUAAUUGGAAUAAUUAUCAACCUUCAGCUCCAAGUCCACUCAGUGGUCUUCAAUUUAUUGUAAAUGUACAUACGAGAACAUUGGUUGACCAGUUUUUAGACUCGGUAACCUGUCAUUCCUUAGUAGAUCGAUCCAUGCUUGACAAUGCCCUUAAUAAGGCUGUUGCCUUCUCUUCAGAACCCAGUGGCUCCCAGCUCUUGACCAAUAUUGUCUGUGCCAUGGGAGCUCAACGCUUGGAAGACCGAAAGAAUUGUAUAGACUUCUUCAAUCGAGCGAGAAACCAAGCAAGUUACUUGUUUGAUCGACCUUCGAGAGAGACUUCAUGUGCUCUCAGUCUUAUGGGAAUUUAUGCAUGUUCAGAAGGUGAACGAAUUAAGGGUCACAUGUAUAAUAAGGUUGCUCUAGAUAUGGCUUCUGAUCUCUGUGGAUAUCAACUUGAAACGGACAAGUUUUGGCAAAGUUUGUUUGCCCUCACUUUUGCAACUACAUUUUCCAAGUGGUUGUUUGAACUCAAUAUUCUCAAAGUAGAAGACAAUUCCAUUGAUAUUUUAGCCAAACAUGGUUCCAAUCCAAAUCAUCCUCAAAUACCUGCCAUUCGAGAUUUGGUAAAUACUAUCAAGAAUUAUAUCAAUUCGCCACGAUGUGCUAGAGAGGUUGAAGGACUCGAGGGAAAAGUCAGUGAACAAUCAUUGGUGAAAGGAAGUGAAGAAAUUACUUUCACUGCUUUGCUCGUGUAUUAUUUGUUAAUUUCAAGACUUGCAUCUCUCGCAAGCAAUCAGGUGGAAUAUAUUAGUAUUCUGAGAAAAUUGGAAAUAUUGGAACGAUAUAUUGAAUCUGAAAACUUUAAUAGAGAUGAUCUUCAAAAGAAUGUACAUCGCUUCUGUCUAUACUCUUUAAGAGCAGAUAUUUUGGUGAAGUGUGGUCUCGAUAAGAUGGGUAUGCAUUGUGCAACGAAAGCUACUGGACUAGCUGCCAAGCCAACCUUCUGGAAGUCUGCACCAGUGAUCAUUCUGUUUUUCCCAACCCUUAUUAGAGUGAAUUUGAAUGUCAAUGACAGCAGUAUGUCUGUUGAAAAUUAUAAGGCAUUGAAGGUCAUUAGUUCAAAGUUUGUGGUUCUCAAAUAUACCUUGUUUGACAUGAUUAAUGCCAUGAAUAAGAGACCAGAGUUUAAAGACUUGCUAGAGAGUGAAAGACAGCACAUUCCUCAAGGUUUUUCCAAUUCUUCUGGAUUUAUUUCAGUUGCUGAGUCGCCUCAGUGUGAUUCUGCACCAGCUCAAGAUUGGUCUAACUCUUUCACAGCAGCACUGGUCGAUAAUAGCAACAGCACAAAUAACUGUAACACAGGAGGUUCAUGUUUUCCAAAUGACUUGACAGAUUUGCUGCAACAACUUGGCCAAUCUGUUGACCAUCAAGAUUAUCAGAACAAACUUGAAUAUCUAUGGCAAUCAACCCAAAACUGA